AAAGCUCAGUGUUUGUCCGUCCGUGGGAGUCAGAGUGGAACCUAACACCAGCUUAUGGUGGAAUAAUGGCACAGAAUGAAACACAUCCCAUUUUGGAAAUACUACAGUCAUUUAAUCUUGGCGAUAUGAUCCUGGCCUUCUGUUUGUCUGUGAUCGUGGGCCUGGUGCUGGGUGCUUUGAUCUACGUUCUGCUGACCUGGGCGUCGAGGCGCCGGGCCACGGCCAGGAUCACCAGACGCUCCAAAAAGAAAUCUCGCACUUCACAAGCACGCGACCCCUCGGGCAGCCAGCUGGGCCUGUACAGGAGCACUUUCCUGAGCGUCUACAGACAGCCUUCCCUCGAACCGGUGGGGCCUCUGGGGAGCAAACCGGGCGCAGACACCUCCACCUUCCGGCCACUGGCCAAGAAGAGCAGGCCCAGUCUGGACAUGGGAGAUGACACCCAGGUGGCUGAGGACACAGCAGCUUCAUCCGAUUCCACCUCCCUGGUGCCCAACAAGAGACAUUCCUUCUGGUUGGGAAGCAACGGACUGAAAGGAUUCCUGCCUUCACAGACGCCCCCUCCCGCAUACGACAGCGUCAUCCACGCCUUUGAAGAGACGUGCACUUGAAAGUGUCACCAAGAAAUGACACUGAGGAGAAAAUUCUGGCUUUACGAUGGACUUCCUGGCUUUGUAACUGGCCUUUAAAGGGGCAGAUAUCUAGCGUUUGAAGCGACGUGUCCUUAACUGAAUAAGAUGCCUCCACAAAGCGUCAGUUGAGCUUUGUAUUCAGAGAUAUAAACAAGGAUUGCAAUUUCUGUAAUUGAUGCAUUUGCACGAUGUUUUCUUGACUAAUUGCGAAGUUCUUUUCUUGAUGCAAAAUGUCACAAAAAUCACAGUUUCUGAGAGGUCACAGCAAUUUCUGUAAAAAAAAAAAAAGAAAAAGAAAAAGAAAAAAAAUCCACAAAAUGGAAAAUGUGACAUCAGACUUAACUUCUUUGUCCAAAUACGUGAACACAUAGAGUUUGGUGUUUUCUUUGCUCUCAAGACAAAACACAUACACAGUUUUAAUAUGUGUUAAAAUACAGAAGGAAAAUGAGUGUUUAACUACUAUGUACAACUAGAUGUGUGUAAGAACAGCAUGUUUAAAGUGAAGAGCGUGGGAGUUUAGUGCAAGAUACAAGUAUUAACAAUAAAUACGGAGAUAUUGUUGCCUUUUAUACACGAGGUAGGUGGAUGAUGGCACAACUGAGAGCAGUAAAGAAUGUUCUGUCAUCUGAGGUCUCAAUAAGAUCUGGAAAAUGUUUUCUGAAUGUUGCAUUGCGAACGUCCUUCCUUUGUUAUCAUAGUGGAGACAUUAUAAAGAGGAACGUUCUAUCAUGUGUUCCCUCAACAGAACGACUAAAUGUUCCACCUUUAAUACAUCAGAUUGCAGGAAUUUUAUGAAGUGUUCUGUAUGAGAGACAUCUGAGGCCUCCAUUACACUUAGAAAACGCUUUCUUAAUGUUGAUUUGGGAACGUUCUUCCUCUGCUAUCAUGGAACAUUGUGAGAAUGUCUUAUAGACAAACGUUCUAUAAUGUGUUCCCUCAACAACAAGGCAAAAUGUUCCACCUUUAAUACAUCAGUUACGUCACAGAACGUUGCAGGAACAAUGUAUAACAUUUGGAAAACGUUUUUUGAGUGUUGCUAUGAGAACGUCCCUCCUUUGCUAUCAUAGAACAUAACCUGUUUUUCUGACAACCUUUUCUGAAUGUCAACAUUAAACCAAUACAUUAACUUUAUUCGACCACUAUCGGGAAUGAAAAAUAUUCUUAAAGGAGUCUUUAAACAUUUAAUUAAAAUGCUUUCUUCAAAACAUUAUUAGAACUUCUAAGUAAUGUUAGCCAAUGCUGUGAGAACAUUCCCUAUUUGCUGGGUAUGCACCGAUUUGUGACUUUUCUGCAUCACUUUAUGGUGGAAAUGUUUUCAAUGAAAACAUAAAAUUCAGACACAGUGCAGGUAAUAAGUCAAAAUAUAAAGUAAUAAAAUAUAACACAAUGUCAUGAGGCUCUCGGGACGUCUGCACUGCUUUCAUAUCAGCUUUUCUCAUUCCUCCCCUUCAAAAUCUUCGCCUCUGAUCGCAGAACAUCUCAUAGCCCAAGAUAUAAAACACCCAAACAGAGACAGUGCCGGUUAAAGACAGUGUGUACCGAUGAGGGGAACAUUGUGUACUGGAUAGUUGUAUCUACACAAUAAAGAUUAUGGACAUUUUUGUGAGAA